AUGGCAUAUAUUGAGCUCUACCGAGAAGGCUUCGACUUGAAAGCCCAGGACGUUAAACCUGGCUCAGCAGUGCAGCUCAAGUGGCAACUUGAGCUGUCAAAAACCUGGACGAUCGACGGGUACCUGCACUGGGACCGGCAUGAGGGCAAAAAGACCAGCCGUGCUCCACGCUGGUUCUUCACAUGCUUGGAAAGUAAGCAGACUUGGAAAUCCUUCAAUGGCAUGCACAAAUCGGUCGAGAGUCAAGGAGGGUUGACGAACAAAGAGUUCCAACAAAUGGGGCAAAUCAAGGACCAGAUGAAGGGAGAGCUUCACGUUCGAAAGUCUGAGCUGGCCAAGGCGAACACGCUCAUAGACUGGGAUGCAGAGGCACGCUGGCAGAAUUUCGAAAAAAGCGCCAAGCGGUGUCGUCACGGCAAAGAGCUGCUGCGUCUUCGAGAAGAAAUUGAAGGUCGGGGCAAUGCUGGCCCAGCACAACCGGAGUGGCAACCACAUGCCUUCCAAGUUGAGGCCAAGGUCCUGCCAAGGAAGAGAGGUUGCGACUCCUUCGAGAUGUGUUUGAUCAACCUGACCAGCAGUGGAACGAGUCGGAAGAGACGGAAGGUGGAGAAACCACAGGCCUCACAGGCAGAAGCUGCAGGCUCCGAGGAGGAGAUGGAGCUGGACAAAGAAAAUUCCAAGCCUUGCCUGAGACCUGUGUCAGCUUUGCUCAAGGAUGAAGCGUUGGCCAAGCGUGAAAUAGAAGAAGGGAGUGCCCUCUGGAAGAAAUUGGAGAUGGAUGAGGAGGGAACUUUCACGACGGACGAACUUGGCACAUUGUGGCGGGUAGCCAUUGCCAGGGCACGAGUCACGGACGACGGACAGCUGCCGUUUCUCUGCCUGGAUCUGGUGAAGAAGCACGUUUGUCGAUCCAACUUGGCCCUCGUCCGCUUGCUUUGUGUGAUUCAUGCAGCCAAGGCGGCUGGCCGGCAGAAACAAGUCAGAGACUUCAUCCGAACUUUUAUCAAAUCGCUGGUGAGAGAACUGUUGGAGCAAGUCUUCUCUCCGCAAGACCAGGGCCAGCUGCUCUCCUUGACGCGCUUCGUGGAUCAACCCGAGCGCUUGUCCAAUGCUCGUAAAGCGCUGCGAGGCACCACUGCCAUCGAAGUCGCAGCAGGCUUUGCGGUGCAUUGCGGUCCGGAGGUGGCGGAGAUCAUUGCAGAACUCUUCAAACCCGAAGAUUUCCAGCGUCCUGCGGUGGCUGCUGUCGCCUUCGGGGCAGUGUUGGCGGCAGACAGUCAAGACGUCGGCAGGGUUUUUCAACUUCUGGCCGAGAUGCUGCGCCCAGGAGCUGCCGAUCUGCUUCUCCAAAUUAGCCUUUACUCUUUGCUGAAAAAAAUGCAGAAUGAGGAGGUGGACCAAGCAUUGAAACAGCUUGAGGCACCAAAGCUCCCCAGCACUGCAGACGAACUACGAAGACUUCCUUCUCUGCCGCAAUUGCUGACAGCAUGGAAUCCGGUGCCUGGCGAUGAGCCCCUUGUACCUGUAGAAGUCCUCAAAGACCUGAGUUCAAGCCCGCAGGACCAGGACUUAUUCAUUGCCAUCCUGGGGAGCUGGAGUCGGCACGCUCAGUUGGCCGGCCCUACAUCGAACGACAGACAUAUAAAAUCCUACCAGACUGCGGCGGUGCGUGGCUUGGUGUUCUUAAUGCGACCGUAUGCACUACAGUCCCAGUCAGUUCUGCACAACAAUGUUGCAUACAACGUGGUCAAUUGCCUUGCAGUGUCAAUUCCAACGAAACCUGAUGCAUUGGAGACCUUGCGGCUUGCCUUUGGCCUGUCUGAGCGGCGCUGGCCAAGCCAUUCUGGCCAGAGUCCAGACUUUGGGAACCUUGGGAAACUUUCCGGGAUGAAGUUUGCGGACUUUCUGAAUAAGCCUCACCUUCGACAGAAGGCGAAAUGGAUCAUUGGCAAGUGCUACAGCUACGGCCCUGCGGAAGCUCCAAAGAGCGCUGAGGCAUUGGAGCAGUUCACCAUGUGGGCUUUGCCGCAUUUCACUGGCGACUCCAGAGAGUACUUGUUGAAACUGCCGAACCCCCCAGCCACUGGUGAGAGGAGGAGGCCAGUGGAACAGCAGCUGGAACUACGAUUUGCCUAUGCGAAUCAGAUCUGCGAGUCUUUGGCACAGCUCCUCGGAAAGCUGUCGAAUCCACCACCCGACAUCUAUGGCCUCUGUGCCUACACCGAGCUGCAUGCAGCUUUGCUGGGCUUGUGCACAAACAAGAGGUCCAGCUGUGGUGAAUUCUUGCGUCACCUUGCACCAGACGUGGGGGCAUCUUCCGUCAACCCCUUGAACAAAGUGCUGGCCGCGGUGAAAGAGGUUUUGCCGUCGAAAAAGGUCCCUCCUACAGUGCAGGAUUGGGUCUUUGCAUCAUUCGCCCGGGAUGUACACAAGCUCAUGCUGUGGCUCCAGUCAUGGCGAACAGCUGAACCUCAAGCUGCCGAACGGAUGAAGUGGCUGUGGUGCGUGGCAUGCAUGGCUUCCAGACACUUGAAAGGACAGUGGGCGCCGCUGCCGCAGUGCCCGGAGGAUUUCAAGCUGGUCUUCAAUCCGCUGCAGCGCCGGUCCUGGCCAGGUUCGAGCAGUGUCCUGGAUGACAAGACUUGGGCUUCGCGGCCUCUGUCGGCACUAUUGGCCUACAAGGAGGAUGUUCCCAACACCUUAGACAGUUGGGAUGCUCUGCUUCGAGCUGUGGAGGUGCUUCUGACAAUUCACAACUUCGCAGGGUUCACAGAGACUCCCUAUGCCCUAUCCUGGGGUGUCUUUGCUGAAGCUCUGAGCGGCUCCGACUGCUGUGACUGGGUUCGUUUGAGACCCUGGCGGGCCGCCGUUUUCAAGGGGCUUCGUGGCAAGGAGGGGAAGCACCUCCGUGCAGCGAUCUAUUCGCGGCUGUAUGCUGUUCACCGCUGUGUGACGCGACACCAGCAGAAGCGUAGCGGCAAGCCAAUCCAGCAGCUCAUGCUGACGGAGAUCCUGGAGGAUUUAGAGUUUCUUGGUCCAGCCAUGGAAGAAGUUGGGCAGCUGUGCCUUGAGGCGCCCUGGGCCAGCGAACCAAGCAACGAAUUUCAGGAAGGUCUUUGGAGCUUUCGAGCCUUGCUGCCUUUCGGCUGCAUUUGA